AUGGACCUGCGAGAAACGGUUUCACUGCCCCUGCCUCCGUCGCUCCGCUCGCGCCUCCUCGCCGCCGGCUUUCUCACUGUCGCGGAUUUCCACACGCUCAAACCGGAGGACCUCGCUCGCGAUGCGUCUCUGUCCCUGGAGGAUGCGAAGCAUGUGCUGGGGGUGGCAGCGGGGAGCAUUCAGACGAGCAUCAUUCCCACUGCUGCUGGCAUUGCAGGAGCGCGAUCGGCAUGGGAGCUAUUAGAGGCGGAGAGGGGCAGGGGCAGGGUGCAGACGAUGUGUGCUGAGCUGGAUGCGAUGCUGGGUGGGGGAGUGGCUCUGCAGGAGCUCACCGAGAUAUGUGGGCCGCCAGGAGUUGGCAAGACACAGCUGGGCAUGCAGCUGGCUAUUAACGUGCAGACGCCUGCUGUGCUGGGAGGGGUGGAAGGCGAAGCAGUGUACGUUGACACAGAGGGGAGCUUUAUGGUGGAACGGGCAGCAGAGAUGGCUGACGCAUGGGCUGCUCACUGCACUGCUGCUGCCACUGCCAUAGAUGCACCUACCCCAGAUACCACCGCCCCCAGUCAAGCCUCCAUCCACCACCAGCAAUUUCAACCCCACCAGCAGCACUCACAGCAGCAGUUUCAACAACAACACCAACAGUCACAUAACCGGUCUCAGCAGCAGCAACACAUGUUUCCGAAUGCACCGGGGGCAGUGUCAGCAGCGGUGGCAUCAAAGGCGUCUAGAGCAGCAGCGCUGGCAGGGGUGCAUUACUUGCGAGUGUAUGACCACACGGAGCAGACUGCUCUCGUGCACUCGCUGCCGCACCUGCUCGCUCUGCACCCCAAGGUGAAGCUAGUGGUGAUCGACAGUGUCACAUUCCAUUUCCGCCAUGGCUUCACAGACAUGGGUCUGCGCUCGCGCCUGCUGGCCUCCAUGGCGAGAGAGCUGCUCGCGAUCGCUAACGAGCACAACGUGGCUGUGGUGUUGGUGAAUCAAGUCACAACCAAGGUGGAGGGCGAGGUGUCCCGGCUUGUUCCUGCUCUUG